GUAUUAGACUUUCCCUAGACCUGUACUUAUCUAGUCUCAGAUUCUUGGUCACCUCAGCAGUGUCAGGUAUGGGUUCCAUCUCAUGAGGUGGGAUGGAAUCCAUUUAAAAAGUGGUUGAUUGCUGCAGUAACAUUGUGUCACUAUUGCACCAGUAUAUCUUCCAGGCAGGUUACUGUUGUAGGUAACAGCAGGGUUUGUGGCUGAGUCAUAUUUUUGAUUAUCUUUCUCCUCUCUUUGUACACUGAGUACCUUCUAUUGCCAUGAAUAUUAGUCAAUAGAGGUGAAGUUUCUAGUUGGGAACUAGCUAUAAGGUCUUAACAAUAAUUAUUCUUAUCUAUUGUGAUAAGAUAGUAAUGAUAGCAACCCUUUCUGUCCUUUAUUGAAACUGCUUUUCCAGAUUAGUUCUUCUGGACUGUAUACCUUGUUGCACACUCAGCUGCAUUUAUAAAAAUCUAGAGCUACAUUUUCACCUUUAUCAGACAGAAUAAAUAUUUGGUUCUUGCUCUUUUUUCAUCAAUCUCUUUUCAUGUUUCAUUUGGAAAAAAAUUUCAUGCACAUGGAGGCCUAUACAUAUAUAAGUGAAACUGGAUUAAGAUAGUUGAUAAAUGUUUAGGAAUAAUCAUAGCAUUAUUAUAAUAAUGUGCAUUACAAGGUAUAUAAAAUGAUGAGAACAUCAUGGAAGUGUCCAGCUUUACAAACAUCUUUUUGGUGACAGUAAUUUCUCUGACUACUGUAUUGCAGCUGUUGAAAGUGGACGGAUAGAUGUAUUAAAGCUGUUGCUUCAACAUGGAGCAAAUGUCAAUGGAUCCCAUUCUAUGAGUGGAUGGAAUUCCUUGCACCAGGCUUCUUUCCAGGGAAAUGCUGAGACUAUAAAAUUGCUUCUUAAACAAGGAGCAGACAGAGAAUGCCAAGAUGACUUUGGAAUCACACCUCUGUUUGUGGCUGCUCAGUAUGGGAAGUUAGAGAACAUGAGCAUACUUAUUUCAUCUGGUGCAAAUGUCAAUUGCCAAGCCUUGGAUAAAGCUACUCCUUUGUUUAUUGCUGCACAAGAGGGUCAUAAAAAAUGUGUGGAACUUUUGCUGUCCAGUGGGGCAGAUCCUGACCUUUAUUGUAAUGAAGACAAUUGGCAAUUACCUAUUCAUGCUGCUGCACAAAUGGGCCAUACAGAGACCUUGGACUUGUUAAUACCACGUACUAACCGGGCUUGUGACACGGGACCAGACAAAGUGAGCCCUGUUUAUUCUGCAGUGUUUGGAGGACGGGAAGAGUGCCUGGAAAUGUUACUGCAGAAUGGCUAUAGCCCAGAUGCACAAAUGUGCUUGGUAUUUGGAUUCAGUUCCCCUCUAUGCAUGGCUUUCCAAAAGGACUGUGAGUUUUCUGGAAUUGUGAAUAUUCUUUUGAAGUAUGGAGCCCAGUUAAAUGAACUUCACUUGGCAUACUGCCUCAAGUAUGAGAAGUUUUCAAUGUUUUGCUCUUUUUUGAAGAAAGGUUCCCUGAUGGUACCUUGGAAUCAUACAUCUGAAUUCAUAAGUUAUGCAGUUAAAGCACAAACAAAAUACAAGGCAUGGUUGCCACACCUCCUGCUUGCUGGAUUUGACCCUUUGAUUCUGCUGUGCAGCAGCUCUUGGGUUGAUUCAGUCAGUGAUGACAUCCUUAUCUUUACUUUGGAAUUUUCUAAUUGGAAGAGACUUCCUUCAGCUGUUGAAAAGAUGCUCUCUGUUCGUGCAAACUCCUCUUGGGCUCUUCAACAACAUUUGGCCUCUGUUCCAAGCCUAACCCAUCUUUGUCGUUUGGAAAUUCGGGCCAGUCUAAAAGCAGAGCACCUUCAUUCUGACAUUUUCAUCCAUCAGUUGCCACUUCCCAGAAGUCUGCAGAACUAUUUGCUCUAUGAAGAGGUUUUAAGAAUGAAUGAGAUUCUAGAACCAGCAGCUAAUCAGGAUGGAGAAACCAACAAGACCACCUGACACAGGUCCUUUAAUUCUGUUUAGUCAUAAAAGAUGGCUUGUGUGAUUGUUUGGAUUUGGUGAUAAUAUCAAAUGUCCAUGUUUACAGCUGUUUUUCCCAGUUUGUCUCUUUUCCAAUAUUGUGAACCUUAUUCAUCUUGCCUUACUCAGUUUUAUUUCUAGUGCACUUUGUUGUGUAUUAUUUGUUUAUCUGACCAUUUUUUACUUGAUUCUGCUAAUAAACUGUAAUU